CCAUCUCUCAUCUUGUACCACCACCAUCACCGCUAUAAUUAAUAAUAACACAAUGCCUGUCUCCGACUACGACACUGUUGAUAAGUGGAUCGUCGACCGUCGCAUCUUGGGCUACGACCCUCUCGUACAACCCGCUCUGCUGAAGCACGAGAUCCCUCUCUCUCGUUCUUCUCAAGCCACCAUCGCCCGCGGUCGCUGGGAAGCCGCACAAGUCAUCCAAGGCUCCGACGACCGUCUCCUAGUCAUCGUCGGUCCAUGCUCGAUCCACAACCCCGAGAGCGCGAUGGAGUAUGCCAAGAAGCUCAAAAGCCGCUUGCACACUUGGGAUAACCUGCUCAUCAUCAUGCGCGCGUACUUUGAGAAACCCCGCACGACCGUCGGAUGGAAAGGCCUCAUCAACGAUCCGAACAUUGACGGGACCUACCAGAUCAACAAAGGAAUCAGAAUCGCCCGUCAGCUGCUGGCCGACAUCUCCGCCCUCGGCGUUCCCGUCGGCUCCGAGCUGCUCGACACCAUCUCCCCACAGUACAUCGGGGACUGUAUUUCCUGGGGUGCGAUCGGGGCGCGCACGACUGAGAGCCAGCUUCAUCGGGAGCUCGCGAGCGGCGUCUCCUUCCCGAUCGGGUUCAAGAACGGCACGGAUGGGAGCAUGACCAUCGCUGUGGAUGCGAUGAAGAGUGCGAACCACCCGCACGCCUUUAUGGGCGUCACGGAGCAGGGUCUUGCUGCCAUCGUAAAGACCAAGGGGAAUCAGGACGUGCAUAUCAUCCUCCGUGGCAGCAAUACGGGCCCGAAUUACGAGCAAGAGUUCGUUAAGAAAGCCACCGCUUCAGUCAUCAAGGCCCGCCCUGGAUUCCACCCAGCGAUUAUGGUCGAUUGUUCUCACGGAAACUCCUCGAAGGACUACCGCCGCCAGCCAAUUGUUACCGAGAGCAUCUGUGAACAACUCCGUGCCGGCGACAUGAACCUCGUCGGUGCGAUGAUCGAGAGCAACCUGUGUGCUGGCAAGCAGGAUGUACCCCCCGAAGGGCCCAAGGGGCUCAAGUACGGUGUCUCCAUUACCGACGGUUGUGUCGACUGGGAGACGACGAUCACCAUGCUUGACAAGCUGAACGAGGCCGUCGCCACCAGGCGCAAGGUUAAUGCCAGCAAUAAGUAAACAACCAAAACAACUAUGUAAUAAGCCGGGCUAGCUGUCUAGCCCUGCCCACAUGUAUCACCGCCGCCAUUUCACAACCCUAUGGGACAUCGUCGUUGUCGCUUUUGUAGAUACAUAGACGCGCUCUCUUGCAUUAUCACCGAAUGAAAGUCCUGAAAGCCUAUCGAGUCCACGCUUUAAUGACCUCCUCCACCGCUCGCGUCGUGAUCCUCUCGCUCGGAAGCUGUCUGUACCCAUUCAUUCGAGCGUUUCCUUUGAGUAACAUCAGCGCGAGCCAGGACGGGAACUGGGAUGCUGCCUCGGGGUAGGACGAUUGCAUGACCUGCGCCGCUGCUCUUCCACGUCCCCGAGCUUGCAGCAUAACCUGCAGACUGGGAAAGUUAUAUACUGCGAGGAAGAAGGCAAGGUCCCGCGCCAACACGACCGGAUCCAUUUCGCCCUCGUCUCCAUCCUCAGGUUGCAUACUCACAUCGGCGAUUGGCUCUGGAUCGUCAACGCUUGGGCCUUGUGGUGUAAGGCCCUCUCCGCGGAUGUACCCUCGGAGCACUGCCCGAAACCUAGGGUCCAUACUAAGGGCAUCGGCCUUCUUCUCGGCUUCGUGUAACGCAGACUGGAUCAAGCUGGGUCUGAGCGUGACGCAGCGGUUAACGCUCAUGCCCUCGACCGUGAAGCGGGAAAACUGGGUUUCGUAAAAGGUCGCUGCUAUUCUCAGACUUCUGAGCAUCGUGAUUGUAUCCACACUGUCUCCGGGAUGCUUGUAUCGAGAUAAGAAGACCGCUAAAUAUGUGUGCAACAUAUUGAGCUUGUCCAGUGCAAGGCACUCGACUAAUGCAGCAUGCGAGAAAGCAAAGAGAGAGUUUUCCCUCGGUAAGGUACCGAUCUGUCGACAGAAGUAUUUCGCGAAUGCGACUGUGCGGAGACCAUGUGCUGAUGACUCGAUGAAGCUGAAAAGAUGCUCCGUCACUUCGGUGUCCAGAGGAAGCUCCGACGGGUAGUCCAAUGGUAGAGUAUCCAGAUAAGCCACAUUCGUGUGCAAAUUGAUAUUCCUUGUCCCGCGUAUGUCCUCCUCAUACGUGAGAAAGCCAGGUUGACGUUUCACCCACAUCGUUUGAUCUCGUAUCAUGCCGGCACGAUGGCGGGCAUUGUGCAUAAUGUCGAGGUUUAGGGGAGAAUAUCGAGGGCUGUCAACUUCCAGUGUGAUGAUCUUCUCUAUCUCGGGUAGAAGACUCGGGGCCAUCAUUCGCAUGACACUAUCGACAUUGCCUUCUCGCUUUCGCAAUCGAACGGGAAGCCCCACAAUCCUUCCAGUAUCCACAUCUCGAGUCAUCAGGCAGCGUGGCUCUGCAGCUAGAACCCACAGGUGACGCAGUAUCUGUGGGUGUGCACGAUUAUCUGCCGCAUUAUUUGGGAAUCGAGGAUACAAAGCAGCGAGUAGACAGGCGAUGGCGGCGUUGGAGUUCCCGAGGGUAUAACGACCAUUACCCAAGAAGAGAAGUCCCAACGAUAAGUGAGUGGCAACAUGGGUCCCAUAACGAACGUUGUUAUAUUGUCCGUGUGCAAUGCGAAGGCGCUGGAAUAUGCUUAAUUCGCCCGUGCCGGCAGCAACCAUAGCCAUAGCAAGCUGAAUGGUUCCAACGCAUUCCUUGUAAGCGAAUCGUUUGAUACGCUGAUCAUAUCCCGUCACGGACAACGCCAUGGCUUUAUUUGCGGCAUCGUGGAGCAUUGACAAACGGGUAAGAGCUUCGGGCUCAGCGGAUCCGGCGUAUCGCAAGCCGAUUCCAAAACAAAGGCCCGCGAUCGUAUACAUGUAGGCGAAACUGCUCGCAUCGUCUAAAU